AUGGAGAGCCCCGAGUUUGCUGCCGGCAUGCGGGGCCAGGGGCUCAAUAAUGGCAGCGGCCCUUCCAAGCGCAAACGGAGCACCAUUGACAGCAGCCCAGCCAGUUUGCUCGACCCCGACCAUGACCACGAUCACGACCAGGACCUCGACCAUGACGACGGGGCCGGUGCCUCGCCCGAUACCAAGAGCCGACGCCUUCCAGGCGUGAAACGUGCCUGUAAUGAGUGCCGCCAGCAAAAGUUGCGCUGCGAUGUCGUCCAAGACCCCUUCCAGAGCUGCUCGAGGUGUAAUCGGCUGAAGCUGGAGUGCAAGAUUGAAUCCAACUUCAAGCGCAUUGGCAAGCGUUCCAAGCAUGCCGAGAUGGAAAAGGAGAUUGAGCGUUUGCGCCGUGCCGUCGAGGUCGCUCGAAACCAGGGCUUCGCACUUGAAGAGGAUGACGAGACACUCAACUCUGCUGUCCACUCCGCCAUGCAGUCGCAACUCCAAUCCCCAGUCGUCGCAAGCCACUACACUCAUACGCGCAACCCGUCUCUGAUGGGAUCCGACGAGGCGGUGUCAUCCCUUCUCCAUCUUAAGCGCGGAGGCUCUUACGCCAUGCCUCGCGUCGCCCGCGAGCUCGACAACUUUAGGCUCACCGAAGACGAAGAAAGCCAACUCUUCAGCCAGUUUUUCAACUAUUAUCACCCAUUCCUCCCGUUCCUCAACCCUACACAGACACCAGAUCAGUUCUAUCAGCAACAUCCUUUGCUGUAUUGGUCGAUCAUCGCCGUGGCUGGCAGACGUUUUGGUUCUGAUCCCAACACGCUUACCAAACUCUCUGGUCCGCUGACUCGUUUGCUUUGGAGUACCGUUGGGGACGUCCCUCAAAGCUAUUUUGUGGUCAAGGCGUUGUGUUUACUAUGCACAUGGCCGCUCCCGACAAGCACGACGUCGGCCGACCCCACACAUAUUUUGUGUGGUGUCAUGAUGAAAACGGCCACUGGCCUCGGUCUGCACCGGCCGAAUCACAUCAAUGACUUCUCACGAGUCGCCGUAGAGUUGAAUAAGGAGGGACUACACGACCGUAUCAAGACGUGGGCCGUGUGCAACAUCGUCGCGCAAACCAUCGGGACAGGCUAUGGCCAGCCUGCCUCGACGCUGUACGAUUGGACGCUCGCUAUCCGGCCCGGCGUCGAGGGCCCCUACUCGCUCGGCCCAGAACUGGAGGCUAGGUUACUGAUCGAGAGAUUUUGUGACAAAGUUUCCAAGGAGAUGUACAGUAACGCCAGUGACCCCCGUGGCGUGGCUGGUGACGAGCACCGUGCGAUGUUGAUGCGGGUGUACCGACGCGAAUUUAAUGAGCUCCAAGCGUCCAUACUAGCCCAGAAUUUGUCGCCCAUCGUCUAUCUCCACCUCAAGGCAGCCUGCCUUCACCUCCGACUUGCCGGCUUUUUUGACUCCAGCCGCACUCCAGGGUAUCUCGACGACCUCAUGGCCCUGUGGCGUGCCACUACGGGGUAUUUGGACUACAUCCUGGAUGUGCCAGAUACGUGUCACGAGUCAUACAAGUACCAGCUACGGGAUCAGUACCUCCUCAAACACGCCACAAACUAUGUCCAACAGAUGUUGGUCGCGGCCGGAUUCGCACUGCUCAAAUUGAUGCGGUCAUUUUUCGUCAAACAAGUUGAAUUUGAGCGAGGCCGGACUCUCUUCCACCGGACCAUUCAGGCCAUCAGAACUGCCAGUGUGGUCCAGAACGAUCUCAACUGGCGCCUCGCCGAGCUGAUGGUGCAAAUAUGGAACGGCGCGCGGAUCGAAGGGAGCUCGCCAUCGUUUCAAGGCGACGACCCCGAGAUUGAUGACAGCUUACAGCUGAAAGUGAGGUGUCGUCACAGCAUGAGUCUCGUGUUCGACUCGAUUUGGCACUGGAGGGAGGAGUAUCAAGCUCGCGGCCGCGGGACGCUUGAUGCUCUCAAGCAACCCACGAAUCCCGAUUCGGCUAAUGAGUCUUCAGCCUCCUCCACUCAUCUCGACAGCACCCUUGCCCCGCCAUCACAUAGUCUCCCCGCUAAUCUCGGCCUGGCGGCGUCCAAUGGUGCUCUGACGCCUAGUGGCGGUUCAGCGAUGGGAGGAGGCGCUCAAGGCUCGCUCUUGGGCCUAAGCAACUACGACAGUAGCAACUACGAUUUCUGGGACCCCCAGCACUGGAUGCUAGACGGCUUGAUCGACUUCAACUAUAGCUCUUACGUCCCUAUUGAGACCACGUAA